AUGUGUCAAAAUCACGUGUCAAAGAUAUAUUUGUCAACGCAUGAGUCGACAUUGCAUCAGCAUUUAUUGAUCAAAAUGGUAUUGAUUUUAUUUGUAAUAUUACUUUGUCUGUUUAUUUGUUAUCUAUUCACUUUUCCUCGUUACACAGAAGAAGAUGAUUUGACAACGUUAAAGAAAUAUCAAACAAUUAAUCAAAAUUUAUUGUCUGUUAUGACCUUUAAUAUUCGACAUGAUAUUCACGAGCGUGAUCCAAAUAAUAACUUUACGAAGAGAGUUUUUCGCUUAGUAGAAACUGUCGAAAAAUGGAAACCAUCCGUCCUAAGUGUGCAGGAACCGUUUGCCGAUCAGAUACGACUUUGGCAUUGUCAUUUGCCUAAAUAUUAUCGAUAUGUUGGUUAUCAACCUAUGGAUACCGAGGAUGGUUGUGAAGAUUCUCUAUCAAAAAUGGACUUUAGAGUCGCUAUUUUAUAUAAUACUCAAAUACUGACGUUAUUAGAACAAGAUUACAUUUGGUUAUCGAAAUGUCCAAGAAUAGUUGGAAGUAAAGAUUGGAAUAGUCACGGUGUGCGAACAUUGAACAUCGCACGGUUUAAAUUGAAAAAUCUUGAAAAUUCUCCUCGAAUUCUUGUGUUUAAUACUCAUUUGGAUGUGAGAAAUGAACAAGCGCGUCAGGAACAAGCAAAGGUAAUUCGAUCGACGAUAAAACAAUGGCAAGAAAAAUAUCCGAAAGAUCUCGUUUUUCUAUGUGGAGAUUUUAAUACCAUUCCAAAACAAACGACACAUCAAAUCUUAACAUCGUCUCAGUUUUUAUAUGAUACAUGGACAACUUGUCAAACAUCUCCAUCAACAUGCAUAUCUCAUUCAUUUUCUUCAUCUUUUCACGGUUGGCUUGGAUCAAUAGUGAACACGUAUGGAUUUCAAUUCAUUCAAAUAAUAUUAUACACCUUUCGUGGCCUAGGUGUUGAUUUACCUUAUGAAACAUCCUUGAGAAAAUCAGUUAUUAUCGAUAUUGCAAAACAAAUUUGGAAGGUUCGUCGAAACAUAUGUUUAUCAGAUAUGAUUUCACUUUGGCGUUCACAUCGAAUUCAUGUUGAUUGGAUUCUGUAUCAGCAUGCAAUGGAUGGAAGCUCUCAUUUGCAACCGAAAUUCAUAGCUGUAGGAGAUAUUCGUUCUCGAAAUUAUUCGUCCGACCAUUUUCCUAUUAUUGCUCUCUUUCAAAUAACGCCGAUCCUUCCCUGA